AAGUCCAAGAUGGCGGACUAAGAAGCGUGUUUUUUCCGGAGAAGUUUCACAUUUACGAUCUUAUAGAUUCAAAAAUAGCAUCAAAUACUUCAACUAUUCACAUUUUUGAGCCCAUUAAACGGACUUUGAGUGUGGAGCGACGGCGUGUUACCUGAAGUGAAGAUUGAAGACGUGAUAGAAGAUGGACGACUACUGCUAUGCUAAGAUGGCGACGUCAUGUCAAAGAGAAAGUGAAAGAGAAUCAGCGCCACCAACGGAGAACAAUCUGAAAAGCGAAAAUGAAGGCGUCCAGCAGCUGAUCGGUUUCCCCUCAGUCAGGGGGGAGCUCCACUUUGAAGCAGGAGACUCCACAACCACCCUGCAUUAAAAAGGAAGAGGAGGAACUCUGCAUCACUCAGGAGGGAGAGUGUCUUCUAGGACGAGAGGAAGCUGAUUACACCAAGUUUCCACUGACUGUUGUCUCUGUGAAGACUGAAGAUGAUGAAGAGAAACCACAAGUAGACAACCUCUUAGCUCCACUAUCAGAUAGUGAGACUGAAGACGAGGUUGAAGAACCUUUGAGCAGCGAUACAGACUGUGAAGGUGAUAUGAGGACUCACACUGACAACAAACACUAUGAAUGCUCUACAAAGAAGAGAGGGACGGCGUGGCGCAGUGGGAGAGUGGCCGUGCGCAACCCGAGGGUCCCUGGUUCAAUCCCCACCUAGUACCAACCUCGUCACGUCCGUUGUGUCCUGAGCAAGACACUCCACCCUUGCUCCUGAUGGGUGCUGGUUGGCGCCUUGCAUGGCAGCUCCCUCCAUCAGUGUGUGAAUGUGUGUGUGAAUGUGGAAGUAGUGUCAAAGCGCUUUGAGUACCUUGAAGGUAGAAAAGCGCUAUACAAGUACGACCCAUUUAUCAUUUAUUUAACCUCUUCUUACCAAAGGCAUGCAGUAAGAAUUUAAGUGUGAUGUAAGUUUGGAGCUUAAAUCCUACUGAAUAGCUUUUAAUCUUCUUCUCUUUAUGCGGUUUCACCAACAUUUUGAUGUGAAACCAUAUUACUAACUGUCUGCUGUUUUACAGGAUUCAUGGAAGUUUAUUGUCAUAGCAGCACACGAUACACAUGAGAUGGCACACAAUUUAGUAGCAGGUGAACAAUAGGAUUGGUCCUGGUGGAGAUCUACACUCUUAGUGCUUUUCUUCUUUAUUCAGAGUCAUGAUUUGACUUUCUAAAGGUUUUUCACUAGAAAAAAUAAUUGGAAAAUAGUUCUGUGUUCCUUGUAGUAUUUCAGAUGUAUGAUUGUUUUCUUUGAUGUUUGCCCUUUUUCUGGUUUGAACAACAGCCAUCGAAAAUGUCUCUUAGCACGUGCUUGUAUGUUUCUAUUUUUUCAUUUCAAAGAGUAGUUGUUGAUUAUUUGAUGAUAGCUACUUUUGCAAACUAUUGUUUUGAAAUAAGAUUAAAAUGCCUUUAUUUUGAAAUAACUAAACUGCUGAGGAGUAGGAAACGGAAGUGGCUGGCUUCUAGCGCAUGCGCAAAGGUACUUGAAGCGAAGCAAAAAGACAAAGACUGCAUGCUAUGGUUGUUCGGAGAUUCUUCCAAUUCAGGAUCUUUAAGUCAUAUGAUUCACGGCAAAUAUAGCAACAAAUAUCUCAAUUCGCCUUUUUUCAAAGCCACGAAACGUGCAUUGAGUUUGGAGCGAUACCUGAAGUGAAGAUUGAAGACGUGAUAGAAGAUGGACGACUACUGCUAUGCUAAGAUGGCGACGUCAUGUCAAAGAGAAAGUGAAAGAGAAUCAGAACCACCAACGGAGAUAAAGACGGAAGAUGAAGACGUCCAGCAGCUGAUGGGUCAUCCAGAAGAAGUUUCCCCUCAGUCAGGGGGGAGCUCCACUUUGAAGCAGGAGACUCCACAACCACCCUGCAUUAAAAAGGAAGAGGAGGAACUCUGCAUCACUCAGGAGGGAGAGUGUCUUCUAGGACGAGAGGAAGCUGAUUACACCAAGUUUCCACUGACUGUUGUCUCUGUGAAGACUGAAGAUGAUGAAGAGAAACCACAAGUAGACAACCUCUUAGCUCCACUAUCAGAUAGUGAGGCUGAAGACGAGGUUGAAGAACCUUUGAGCAGCGAUACAGACUGUGAAGGUGAUAUGAGGACUCACACUGACAACAAACACUCUGAAUGCUCUUCAAAGAAGAGAGGUAAAACGUGUUUCAGCUGCUCAGUUUGUGCUGAAAGUUUUACUAAAAAGAGCAAUUUGACUCAACACAUGAGAACACACACAGGUGAAAAACCAUUUAAUUGUUCAGUUUGUGGCAAAAGCUUUUCUCGAAAUAGCAUGUUGACUCAACACAUGAGAAUACACACAGGUGAAAAACCAUUCAAUUGUUCAGUGUGUGGCAAAAGCUUUUCUCGAAAUUGCCGUUUGACUGAACACAUGAGAACACACACAGGUGAAAAACCAUUUAAUUGUCCCAUUUGUUCCAAAAGCUUUUCUCAAAAUAGCAUUUUCACUCAGCACAUGAGAGCACACACAGGUGACAAAACAAUUAAUUGUUCUGUUUGUGGCAAAAUAUUUUCUAAAAAUAGCCAUUUGACUCAACACAUGAGAAUACACACAGGUGAAAAACCAUUUAAUUGUUCUGUAUGUGGCAACAGCUUUUUUCAAAAUAGCUCUUUGACUCAACACAUGAGAACACACACAGGUGAAAAACCAUUUAAUUGUUCAGUUUGUGGCAACGGCUUUUCCCAAAAUAGCUCUUUGACUCAACACAUGAGAACACACACAGGUGAAAAAAGAUUUAAUUGUUCAAUUUGUGGCAAACGCUUUUCUCGAAAUAUCCGUUUGACUGAACACAUGACUACACACACAGGUGAAAAAACAUUUCAAUGUUCUGUAUGUGGCAAAAUCUGUUCUCGAAAUAGCCAUUUGACUGAACACAUGAGAACACACACAGGUGAAAAACCAUUCAACUGUUCAGUUUGUGGCAAAAGCUUUUCUCACAAUUUCCGUUUGACUCUACACAUGAGAACACACACAGGUGAAAAACCAUAUAGUUGUUCAGUUUGUAACAGAAGCUUUUCUAAUAAGAACAAAUUGACUCAACACAUGAGGACACACACCGGACUAAGACCAUUGAAUUGUACAAUUUGUGGUAAAAGCUUUCCUCAUAACGGCUCUUUGUGGCGACACAUGAGAACACACACUGGAGAAAAAACAUUUAGUUGUUCAGUGUGCUGUAAAAGGUUCCCACAUAAUGCAGCCGCAGUAAAACACACAAGAACACACGAGGGAAAAUAAGCAAUUAGCUGUUUAGUUUGUGGUAUGUUGCUCAUAUGUGGCGACAUCCACCCUACCCAGGACCUCCUCACUGCUUCUUCCACAAAUAUCUGAGGUAUUCAUACAAACUUGGAUUAUUUGGAGCAUAAUCUUAUCCACUCAUGACCUCAUGUGUCAAGUUUGUGCACGCUCAAAAACCUGCACUACACCCUUUUUCACUGCAAAGUUGAGAUGUAUCAAAACUGACGUUGGGAUGCUGGGUAACUGUUUGCAUAACAAACUGCCAACUUUUACUCCUCAGAUUGAUUGAUGUGCAAAUCAGAGACUAAUGUUAACAAACACAUGUCAAUUGAGUGGGGAAUAGAUUUGUGUUUCCGUUCCACAUUGGGGGGACAAUUAAUAUGUGAGGGAAUUAAGGAAGCAGCAUGAGACGGCAAGUGUUUGAUGUGGAAGACGUUAAUGGAGUCUCGGAUUGAAAAUAAUCUUUAUUUCCUUGGAGUUUAUGAGGCCAUCGAGGUAUGAUUACUUCUGAUAUGUUCGUCAAAUCUAUGUGUUUUCUUUUUUGGAUAUCAGACUAAUUGCAAGUUUUAUUUGCUUAUUUUAUUACGUCUGACGGCAUUAUAUUUGGCAUCGUUGUUAACGUGAAGAAGACGUGGCUGAAAUAAAUGUCUGUGAGAAAAACAAA